CUUUAAUACUCGGAUAAUUUACACUAUUUCUUCCUCUUUCUGAUUUCAAUUUGAUUGAUUUUUUGGUGGAAAUCGUGUUCUCUGUUCGAUAUUCGUCCCUAAAUCCACAGAGCUUCCAACUGUAUCUCCAUUAGAGCACACAUCUGACAGUUUUUUUUGGCAAGAUAUAGUUUGAUUGCUCCUCUCAUCAAGUGAUUGCAUUUUUAAAAUUUUAGCAGCAAUAGGAAAUGGUCAAAAGGAGCAAGUAUGGAUUAUUUUGAUGUACAACAAGUACCAUGUCUCAGUGCUUAGAGGGGAUCAAGCAUUUGUGUGCUUCCCUGCUACACUGCUGUGAUCUUGAAUUGUACAAACAAUCAAGAGGCCUUGAAGAUCCUGAAAUUCUAGCUAGAGAGACAGUGUUUAGUGUAAGUGAAAUUGAAGCACUCUACGAGUUAUUUAAGAAGAUUAGCAGUGCAGUUAUUGAUGAUGGGCUAAUUAAUAAGGAAGAAUUCCAGUUGGCGUUGUUUAAGACAAAUAAAAAGGAAAGCUUGUUUGCUGAUCGGGUGUUUGACUUGUUUGACACAAAGCAUAAUGGAAUCCUGGGCUUUGAGGAGUUUGCUCGUGCACUCUCAGUAUUUCAUCCAAAUGCCCCUAUUGAUGAUAAGAUUGAAUUUUCCUUCCAGCUUUAUGAUCUCAAGCAGCAAGGUUUCAUAGAAAGGCAAGAGGUAAAGCAAAUGGUGGUAGCUACCCUUGCUGAGUCUGGCAUGAAUCUUUCAGAUGAUGUCAUAGAGAGCAUCAUUGACAAGACCUUUGAGGAAGCUGAUACAAAACAUGAUGGGAAGAUUGACAAGGAAGAAUGGAGGAGUCUUGUACUGCGACAUCCAUCGCUCUUGAAGAAUAUGACACUUCAGUAUCUCAAGGACAUCACGACUACGUUUCCAAGCUUCGUUUUCCAUUCGAGAGUAGAGGAUACCUGAAGAAAAGGAAUGUGGGGUGGAAGUUGAAGAUUUGUGUUUUGUGUUAUUUUGUUGUGGUGUGGAGCAGGAUGUACCUAAAUUGUUGAAUGGUUUUGUUUCCUAUUGUCUGUCUGUCUGUCUCUUUCAUUUGGUUUUUGAAUGAUUUGAUUAUUGUUAUUUUUUAUUAUUAAUUAUUAAUUAUUAUUACGACUCCAACCAUCGAAUCUCUGUUUAUAGAC